AGUCCGCUCAUAAUCCGCAAUCAUGCCCGGCAAAAUCACGCCUGUGACCUCUUCGGCGCAAUUCUCCACGCUCCUCUCCCAAUCCACAUACAAAAUCGUCGACUUCUACGCCGACUGGUGCGGACCCUGCAAGACCAUCGCCCCCAUCUUCGCCGGCCUCGCAGAGAAAGAAUCGCGCCCGGGGAAAGUUCAGUUUGUCAAGUGCGAUGUAGAUAGCCAGCAGGAAGUCGCCAAGCGCUUCGGUGUCUCUGCCAUGCCAACAUUCCUCGUAAUCAAGGGCACAACGGUGACCGAAACAAUACGCGGCGCAAAUCCCGCAGCCCUCACCGCCGCUGUACGCAAAGCUGUUAACGAUGCUGCAUCUGGGCCCGGCGCAUCUGCUGCCGCGUUCCAAUCCAAGGGCUAUACUCUCGGUUCGACGUCACAACCCAGCCGGCCGGUGAACCAGGGCGCGUUCGCAGGGCUGCAAAACUUGAUGGGGGGUGGGCGAAUGAGCGAUGUCAUUGUCAGGUUCUUUUCCCUAUAUUUGGUCAGUUUGUUUUCGUUUGAUGCGUACAAGGCUGCCGACGAGAGUGCCUUCAACAUCAGGGCGGGAAGAUGAGGAAGAUGAGAUGGGGUAUGGUGUUAUUUAGGGUAUAGGAGUUGGGCGUUCCUUUCAUAGAACAGGCUAUGCUGAUGGAGUAUUUUGAUAUUCGUUCCUGGCCCUGGCAAUGAGUAUUGCAUAAACUUCAAAGCUUUGAAAUACGACUACGGCUUUUCAACUUUUCCAGCUUUGCCCAGCUAUUUCAAGAUUUCUGCUCUGUUUUCUCUCCUUCCUAUACCAUCUCUAUUCGCUC